GCGCUCUCUGUUGUUGCAGGCGAUAUGUCUGGGUGAGCAGUUGUAGUUAGAAAUGCCGUAAAACCGGUAUAUCUCUAAAGCGUUUCCAGGGCUUAACAGACAAACCUUUGACUGUUAAGUGCUUAUAGCUAGACUCAGAACUGCCUUUGUAACGCGUAAAGAACAUAGAGCAGUGCUUUGUCAAGCCACUCUACGAACAAAGACUGCUUCGCCUGAAUGUUAACGCCAUGGCUCAGAGGGAGCUGAAGGAGGCGUUUGUCAGCCAUCUCAAUGGGACCAGCCUGGAGGAGGUGGCCCUGGGCUCAUUCCUCUCCCCAGUAUGUGUUGUCAGCAGAGGACUCUUCUUAAUACUCUACUAUCGAGCCAAAGGGAACCUGCCACUGCCACACCCUCUGAUUUCUCACCUCCUACUAGACCUCUGUGCUCUUAUUGUGCCCCUCGUCCUGUCGUGCACCGUUCUGAGUAGCAUUCUUCACCAGGUCGUUGUGAGCCUGACUUUUGUCUCGGCUUGUGUGUUCUGCUACAUCUGCCGUGGGUGCCCACAGAACGCUGUCAGCGCCUUCCUGCAGAGUCACAUUGAAUUCAACCAGGUUCCCUCAGUGACUCUCUUCAGGGUGUUUGUAAAUGUGAAAACGGCCAUCAGCAUUCUGGCCGUGGACUUCAAUGUCUUCCCAAGACGAUAUGCUAAAACUGAAACGUACGGGACUGGAGUCAUGGACUUUGGAGUUGGAGCGUUUAUCUUUGCAAAUGCCCUCGUUUGUCCUGAAGCACGGAGGAAGUUCAUCUCAGGAUCCAAGACAAGUUACAUUGCAAAGCAGCUCCUGUCUGUCUGGCCCCUGGUUGCUCUUGGUAUGGGAAGGCUAGUGAGUGUAAAAAUGACCGGCUACCAUGAGCACGUGACCGAAUAUGGAGUCCACUGGAAUUUCUUCUUCACACUAGCCAUCGUCAGAGUUGUGGCCUCUAUGCUUUUGGUUGUUUUACCAGCCAAUCUGUUAUGGGUCUUUGCCCUUCUGAUCAGCGGGUUUUAUCAGUUCACUCUGGAGACUUCAGAGCUGAAAGCUUUUAUCAUCCACAACAAUGACAGAGAAAAGGACUUUCUGCAUGCAAACAAGGAGGGCCUAUUCUCUAUAUUGGGCUAUGUAGCCAUCUACCUGACAGGAGUUCAGGUUGGACUCUAUGUGAUGCAGCCACGAUCCAACAUUAGAGAGUGGCUCAAAGUGCUCGUUAAGCUCUUGUUGGGAAGUUUCGCCCUGUAUGCUGCUUUGUACACAUGUCAGACCUUUGUGGAGCCGGUGUCUCGCCGGUUGGCCAAUUUUUCUUUCUGCCUCUGGAGUGUUGCGCAGUCUUUGUUUUUCCUGUCCUGCCUUGGUAUGGCUGAUAUCAUUCUGUUGUUUUCUAAAAGAGCAUCCGGCUGUCACUUUGUACCUUCGUCAUCGAAUUUGUCCAAAAAGCACCCCGACUCUGACAGAAAGAGGGGUGAAAUAGAAAGGCUGUGCCUCGUUCAAGCUGUUAGCAGGAAUCAGUUGCUGUUUUUCUUGCUCGCGAACGUCAUGACAGGAUUGACCAACUCAGCUGUGGACACAAUUAGUUGUAGCAAUUUAUUUUCACUGUGUAUUUUGCUGCUGUACAUGUUCAUAAAUUGUUUUGUAAUAUAUGUAUUACAUCUCUGUGGAAUUACAGUCAAAUUCUGGUAAAAUGCCCAGGCUUGUGUAUUUUAAAGGUUGUUGUGGGGCUGGAGUGGCUGCCAUUGAAAUGAAGGACAAUUGACAUUUAAAAGAUCGCAUGGUGAAAAUAAUCUUAUGCAUGAUAUGUGCAUGCAAAUGU